AUGACUUCGUUAGAAACAACUCACAUUGAAACUUCUGAGCAAUUACUCCGUAAGAGCUUGAGGAUUGACGAGGCAAGUCGCAAACGCAAGUUGGAUGAUGAAUCUGCAGCAGCAGCAGCUACUAAGGAUAAUGAUGAAAAUGUGAAUCGUGAGGCGCAACAGCUUGAAAAGCUAGCUAAAAAACAGAAAUUGGAAAAAGAGAAGGAGGCGAAAAGGAUCAAAAUGGAGGAGGAAAAGAGUGCUAAGGCCAAACGUAUUGAAGAAGAGAAGGAAGCCAAACGAAGGAAACUUGAACAAGAGAAACUAGAAAAGGAGAGACGGAAAUUGGAGGAGAAAUUAGAAAGAGAAAAGAAGAAGGAAAUGGAGAAAUUGGAACGGGAGAGAAAGAAACAAGCUGAACAAGUUGAAAAGGAACGAAAGAAACAAGCCGAACAAGCUGAAAAGGAACGAAAGAAACGUGAGGAGCAAGCUGAGAAAGAACGCAAAAGACAAGCUGAACAGGCGGAAAGAGAGCGUAAAAAACAAGCUGAAUUGGCUGAAAAGGAACGUAAACGGGAAGAGAGGGAGAAGGAGAAGUUGGAAAAGAAGUUGAAACUUGAAGAGGAGAAACGGGCCAAAGAAUUGGAAAAGCAAAGGAUUGAAGAAGAAAAAAGGAAAGCAGAAGAGGCCAAGGAACGAAGUCAGAUGAAAAUUUCCAACUUCUUUCAAGUCCGUUCUCAACCAAAACAAGACAAAAACAGUGAUGGUAAGGAGGAAACCGCCCACAUGGAAAAGAGUGAUUAUGAACUUGAGUUUUUGCCAUUCUUUGUCCAACGUAAUGUCACUUUAAAAAAGUAUAGCUAUUGCACAGAAGCGACUAAAUUGGAGUUAGAUUCCAUCAUGUCUGGUAAACCCCAAUCCUUUAAAGAUAAAACUUGUGAUACGUUUUUGAAAUUUAAGAAACCAUGUGAUAGCCCACCACAACACUACAUCACACCAGAGUCGAUUUUAACUGCACUCAACCUACCCACCACGAGCGAGCAACAAGUGCUCGAAAUGAUUGCCCAACUCCCACCUAUCAAGUACAUAUCAUUUUACGAAAAUUCCAAACCGCCCUAUAUUGGAACCUGGUGUUCACAAAAGCACCAAGAUCAACAACUUGCCAUCAUUUCCGAUCCGCUAGAUACGCAACGCACGGGACUAGAUUACGAGUACGAUUCCGAUUUGGAAUGGAAUAAUAAUGAAGAAAAUGAAGGUGAAGAUAUUGAUGAUGAUGAUGAGGAUGAAGAGGAUGAGGAUCUUCUGAUGCUUGCUGAUGGUGAUGAAGAGGAUGAGGAUGAUGAUGAUGGGUUUAUUGAAAAGGAUUGCCAAUCUAGGCAAAGAAGUCUACAUCAGAUGGUUGUGGUUAAUAAAUGGAAUAAUGAGGAGAAUAAGGAGUUUUUCAGUCACUAUUCCACUCUGUACAUUGUCGAUUUGAGUAAGUUGAAGAGUUUUGUAUAG